AUGUCGGUGAUACAGGGGAGCCGCCGCCUCGCGCACACCAACCAGUUCAGGUUCUUGGACAAGGCAGCGGUGGAGACGGCGGACGACAAAGCGAGGCCGGCGAGCCCGUGGCGGCUGUGCACGGUGACGCAGGUGGAGGAGCUCAAGUGCGUGCUCCGUCUGCUGCCGGUGUGGGCGUGCGGCAUCAUCUUCGCGGCCGCCUACACGCAGAUGAGCACCACCUUCAUCCUCCAGGGGGACACGCUGGACCCGCGCGUGGGCAGCUUCCGCGUCCCCGCGGCCGUGCUCACCGUCUUCGGCUACCUCAGCGUCAUGCUCUGGGUGCCGCUCUACGACCGCGCCAUCGUCCCGCUUGCGCGCCGCCUAACGGGGCACCACCGCGGGUUCACGCAGCUGACGCGCAUGGGCAUCGGCUUCGUCGUGCUCACGGUCGCCAUGCUCGCCGCCGGCACGCUCGAGGCCGCGCGGCGCCGCGUCUUCGCGCGCCAUGGCAUGCACGUCAUCGGCGCCGACGGGGCGGAGUACGUGCCGAUGUCGAUCUUCUGGCAGGUGCCGCAGUACGUGGUGUUGGGGGCGGCGGAGGUGUUCACGUUCAUCGGGCAGAUGGAGUUCUUCUACGACCAGGCGCCGGACGCCAUGCGUAGCGUCUGCUCGGGGCUCUGCACCGCGGCGUUUGCGCUUGGCAACUACGCGAGCUCGGCGCUCGUCAGCGUGGUGGUGCGUGCCACCGCGAGGGGCGGACGGCCCGGGUGGAUUUCCGACGACAUCAACGAGGGCCACCUUGAAUACUUCUUCUGGCUGCUCGCCAUGCUCUGCAUCGGCAACUUCGGCGCCUACCUGCUGGUCGCACGAUGGUACAACUACAAGAAGACCGCUAAAUGA